GGAAAUCGGCACAGCGUCUCUUCUCUCCUCCCCCACCGUUCCACUCACACUUCACCCCUCGUUCCAUUCACACUUCAUCACUCAGUCCCAAAGAUCACCAAGAUGAAGUUCACGGUCAUCAUUGCCUCUCUCCUCGCCAGCGUCAGCGCAGCCGCCAUCGACGCGCGCGACGACCUCACCGCCCGCGCCACCCCCUCCACGGAAAUCGCCCAGUGGCUCAAGGCGCACAACGACGAGCGCGCAAAGCAUGGCGCAGCGGCGCUCACGUGGAACCAGUCCCUCGCGGACUCGGCGCAGAGCUGGGCGAACGGGUGCAACUUUGCGCACUCGAACUCGGGGCAGAAUCUGGCGGCGACGUUUACCUCGCAGGCCAACGUGUCGAAUAACAUCCCGGGCGCGGUACAGCAGUGGAACAAUGAGAGACCCCAGUACAAUGCGACCACCUUCCAGGGUGCCGGCCACUGGACGCAGGUCGUGUGGAAGAGCACGAAGACAGUAGGCUGCGCGGCGCACUCGUGCCCGCCGGGCACGCUUGGCACGAAGUCGACGGACCCGUGGAAGACGCUUUGGUACUAUGUGUGCAACUACAGUCCGCCGGGCAAUGUGUAUCCGCAGGCCAAGUACUACCCGGCGAAUGUCCAGCCUUGAGAGGGUUUUGAUAGGAUAAGAGGGCUAAUAGUAGACUUUUAUGGUAACGUCGGUUAUGCAAUAGGGCGAAUGGAUGUUAUACCUGCCAGAGAAUUGAAUUUGUUGAGGAAGAGAAAGGCGUUAAGAGGGCUGGAGAAUGUCGA